AUGACAGGCCAAGUGUUGGUGGAGAGCAUGGAUUUAUCAGCUCACAGACUGUCUGUAAAGACUUCAGUUGAAGAUGAGUCAGAGCGAGCCGAUAGCAUUCUCAGCCGUGGUCAGUCCAUAUGUGAUGACACUUCUUCGGAAUUGCAGCGAGUGGCCACCAUCGAACCCUGUGGACUGAACUCACAGAACUCGUUCCGUGGCAGAGGUGCCAUGUCAAGGCUGGUGAGUAUGGUGGUCACUCUCAGAGACUGGGCCCAUAAAGGCCUUCAGGAGGAGGAGGAGAGGCCCGAUUCUUUCUUAGAGCGUUUCCGGGGCCCUGAGCUUCAAAUCGCUCCCAGUCGAAUCAGCAUCAGUAGAACUGAUGCCCAAGAUGGGCACAACAGUGCCAAAACCAAGAAGAAGUCUGAUGUUUUCGUAAUGGCACCUGCUGAUGACAUGUACUACCGCUGGCUGUUUGUUAUAGCCACUGCUGUAUUGUACAACUGGUGCUUUGUGGUGGCUAGGGCCUGCUUUGAUGAGCUUCAAACUAGAAACUUCAUUCUGUGGCUGGUUUUGGAUUAUAUCUCUGACGUCAUAUAUAUAUUGGAUACCUGUGUGAGACUGAGAACAGCUUUCCUUGAGCAGGGUCUUCUGGUCAAGGACCUCACAAGGUUAAGAGAGAGCUACUUUCAUACAUUACAGUUCAAACUGGACCUGCUCUCCAUACUACCCACAGAUCUAGCCUACUUUGCCAUUGGCAUCCAUGUUCCUGAGCUGCGUUUCAAUCGUCUACUACGCUUCUCACGCCUGUUUGAGUUCUUCGACCGCACCGAGACUCGCACAAACUACCCGAACAUGUUCCGCAUUUGCAACUUGGUGCUUUACAUCCUAGUUAUCAUCCACUGGAAUGCCUGCAUCUACUUUGCCAUCUCCAAGUCUCUGGGCUUUGGAACUGACCAAUGGGUCUACCCAAACAUCUCAGAUCCUGAGUUUGGGACCCUCACAAGAGGAUACGUCUAUUGCCUGUAUUGGUCCACCCUCACAUUGACGACCAUUGGAGAAAUGCCCGCUCCAGUGCGCGAUGAGGAGUAUCUUUUUGUCGUUUUCGAUUUCCUCGUUGGCGUUCUCAUUUUCGCCACCAUCGUUGGUAACGUAGGAUCCAUGAUAUCGAACAUGAAUGCCACAAGAGCCGAGUUCCAAUCUCGCAUCGAUGCAAUCAAACACUACAUGCAGUUUCGAAAGGUCAGCAAAGAGCUAGAAGCUCGGGUCAUCAAAUGGUUUGACUACUUGUGGAACAACAAGAAAGCAGUCGAUGAGCAAGAAGUCCUGAAGAACCUGCCCGACAAACUACGGGCCGAGAUCGCUAUCAACGUGCACUUGGAAACAUUGAAAAAGGUCCGUAUAUUCCAGGACUGUGAGGCGGGCCUUUUGGUGGAACUGGUUUUGAAGCUACGGCCACAGGUUUUCAGCCCUGGAGACUACAUUUGCCGAAAAGGGGACAUUGGAAAAGAGAUGUACAUCAUCAAAGAGGGACGUCUUGCUGUUGUGGCUGAUGAUGGGGUGACCCAGUACGCACACUUGACAGCCGGCAGCUGCUUUGGCGAGAUUAGCAUCCUCAACAUCAAAGGGAGCAAAACGGGCAACCGUCGCACAGCUAACAUCCGAAGUAUUGGCUACUCGGAUCUCUUUUGUUUGUCAAAGGACAAUCUUAUGGAAGCUGUUAUGGAGUAUCCAGAUGCCAAGAAGGUUUUGGAAGAGAGAGGAAGACAGAUUCUUCUGAAAGAAGGUCUUUUGGAGGAGAUGGGAGCUGGUGGAAUGGGAGAGGAACAGGUAGAGAAGAAAGUGGAGCGGUUGGAAGCUUCUCUUGAAAUACUACAGACACGGUUUGCGCGAUUACUGGGUGAGUACACGGCCACUCAACAGCGCCUGAAGCAAAGAGUCACAGCGCUGGAGUGUAAGACGCAUCACUCAGGCAGUGGAUUCCUCUCAGAUGGCAAUGACAGCACUAUUGAUGGUGAUGGUACACACAGUGAGGUCAACAUUCAUCUCUGA